AGGUGCGCGCGCGGGGCCCACUCGACAUUGAUGGUGCGGUCGCCAUCGCUGAGGGAACGGCGGGGCGGGAACAUGGCCGUGGAAUCCAGAGUCACACAGGAGGAGAUCAAGAAAGAGCCGGAAAAGCCGGUAGAUCGAGAAAAAACCUGCCCUCUGUUGCUGAGAGUAUUCACAACUAAUAAUGGAAGACAUCACAGAAUGGAUGAUUUUGCUAGAGGGAAUGUCCCAUCCAGUGAGCUUCAGAUAUACACUUGGAUGGAUGCUACAUUGAAGGAGUUAACUAGUUUAGUAAAGGAAGUCUAUCCAGAAGCACGGAAGAAAGGAACACAUUUCAGCUUUGCAAUUGUGUAUCCAGAUCCUAAACGACCUGGUUACAGAGUAAAAGAAAUUGGUACCACUGUUUCAGGAAGGAAAGGACCAGAUGACUCUAUGACAUUACAAUCACAAAAAUUUCAGAUUGGGGACUACCUGGACAUUGCAAUAACACCGCCUAGUCGAGCGCCACCGCCUCCUGGCCGUAUGAGACCUUAUUAAUGUUCUUUUCCCAUCCCUUUUUGUUGGGGUGGGUGGGGGAAUAAGUGGACCUUUAUGGAAUAUUUGUUAGUGGCCCUGCUACAAUCUAACCACUACAUAAAGCAAAACCAAGUAUGUCAUAUUCCAAGUUCAUUGUAAACAAGAUGUAUUUUUGAAAAUUGACAGUGCAGAUUUGUAGCAUUUGUGUGUUCUAUCUUCAUAGUAAUGGAUUUUGAUUAGUCAUUUAUUUGGAAUUUAAUAAAGGUAUUCCUU